UCAGCCAACCAGCAGGACUCAGUAGCUCGCUCACUCACAAACCGGUGCGCAUCGCUAUUGGACGCAGCGAGGGUUGGGCUCCAGCACUCAGCCGCCUGUUAUUCAAACGCAGGGAGCGCGUCUGGCCACUCGCUUCUCGUUGCGCACUGGAUAUGGAUCAGGACGCAGCGCGCCUCCCCGCUGUCUCCCGAGGACAGGCUGCACUCUGCGGCGCAUAAAAUAAAAAGGUGCCCAAAUGAACCGCCGCCCUCCCGGCUCCUCCGGCGUCCAAUGGAUUAACAGGAGAGACAUGAGUGUCCGGACAGAGGACAGCAUCACCUUGUGCCAAAGGGCUCUCCAAAUCAUUACGGAACUUUGUCUUACGGGGCACGUAGACCGGGAGAAAUGUUCGGAUAUAUUUCCCCUGGAGAGCACCAUACCAGACAUCUCUAUUAGUCUCCUUGCUGUGGUCGUGGGUUUCUGUGGCCUCGCCCUGUUGGUAGUCUCUCUCUUUGUCUUUUGGAAGCUGUGCUGGCCCAUUUGGAGGAGCAAGGCUCUCUCAGCCCACACCGAAAAUGGCCUGCAUGUCGGUUUCCCCGAGGCGCCUCCACCCAACUCCCCACCGGUCAACGAGUGUAAAGUGGCAGAGGUGGAAAAGAAGUACCCUCCAGAAGUGAAGGUGAACGGACGGAGCUCUGUCAAGCUCCUGGAGGCGGCCAUGAAGAUCAGCCAGACGUCCCCAGACAUCCCCGCCGAGGUCCAGACAGCGCUGAGGGAGAAGCUCAGCCAGCAGGCUAAAAUCCAGAGGCAGACCACCGAGCCAACAUCCUCCUCCAGGCACAAUUCAUUCCGGCGCCACCUGCCUCGUCAGAUGAAUGUCACCAGCAUUGACUUCAGUAUGGACACAGUUCCCCUUCGACAGUCCUCUACAGUAAGCAUCGGAAGAAUAAAACCCGAACUCUACAAGCAGAAGUCUGUGGACUCAGAGGACGAGGCCAAAGAACCCGUGGAGACUUGCGGAAAGCUCAGCUUCUCCCUGCGUUAUGACUACGAGGAUCAGGCUUUGGUGGUGAGAAUCCUCAAGGCCUUGGACCUCCCUGCCAAAGACUUCACGGGCACCUCUGACCCGUAUGUGAAGAUCUACCUGCUGCCCGAGAGGAAGAAGAAGUUCCAGACGCGUGUCCACCGCAAGAAUCUGAACCCCAUGUUUGAUGAGACCUUCUGUUUCCCCGUGGCGUACGAUGAGAUUUGCAACCGCAAGCUGCACUUCAGCGUCUACGACUUUGACCGCUUCACCAGCCACGAUAUGAUUGGCGAGGUGGUUGUGGACAACCUCUUUGAACUCUCUGAUCUUUCCAGGGAGGCGGUGGUGUGGAAGGAUAUUCACGCAGCAACGACGGAGAGUGUUGACCUGGGAGAGAUCAUGUACUCGUUGUGCUACCUCCCCACAGCAGGGAGAAUGACCCUAACAGUCAUCAAAUGCAGAAACCUCAAAGCCAUGGACAUCACAGGCUCUUCAGAUCCAUAUGUGAAGGUUUACCUGAUAUGUGAUGGACGGCGGUUAAAGAAACGAAAAACAACCACCAAGAAGAGCACACUUAAUCCAUCGUACAACGAGGCCAUCAUCUUCGACAUCCCUCCGGAAAACGUGGAACAAGUCAGUCUGACCAUCAUGGUGAUGGAUUAUGAUCGGGUCGGACACAAUGAGGUGAUUGGUGUGUGUCACGCUGGGCCAGACGCUGAGGGUCUUGGACGAGAUCAUUGGAACGAAAUGUUGGCUUACCCACGGAAGCCCAUCACACACUGGCACGCUCUGGGAGAGUGGCCUGGAAGAGCAGCAAGCUUUGAGAGUCAAGGUUCGUGUCCUUCGCCCAAACCUCCACAGACACCCUGAUGAUCACAGGUAGAG